AUGCCCGGACUAUGUGCAAAGGCUGCGUGUUCUUAUGAAAAGAGCAAGGAUUUUUGGAGGCAAAAGGAGAAAAUAGAUGAUACCGUGGUGAAAACGGAUAAGGGCAAGGUUUGGCAUCCUUCAUAUGAUGUGCGCCUUAACGAACCUCAUGCAGCAAUAUCUGGAAUUAUUGAUCAGGCCAAGUCCAUGAAGAUUAGCGCAGUGGCUAUGGUUAGCUGCUUGAAGAGAAGUUACACAGAAGCUGUAGCUAAUGUUUGGAUCAUUUUCUGCACAUAUUUUGCAAGUUUCACGGAUCAGAUUCUGAGCAACGAUGGCAUGGAAAGUACUGAAGAGAAAAGGAAGGAAGAGGAGGAGGGCAUAAAAAGAGAAGUUAGGCAUCUUUUUCUUGUUGUGAGGAAUAGGAUCUUGUUUGAAUUUGUGGUCUAUGAUGCCAAGGCUGGACGGGUCUUUGCUGCACUGGGUACAAAUGAAGGGGUUGGUUUUUUCUGGGGUAUUGCAGCUGAUGGGGUGCAUGUUCCACAACGAACAAGGCUUGAUAAGCUUCGAGCAUCCAAGUGGCAAAAUGGAAGCUCUGCCGAGGAUUCAUAG